CACCUCAUCCGCGAAUCAGUAUUCGUGGCCUUUCCGAUGCUGACCCUGCUGGUCCAUCUUGCUCACGGACACGUCGUCUCCUUCAUUGGCAGCACUGGCAGGUUGAAGUCCACCGAGACGGUCUCGCUUCUGCCCUGGGACAGCGAGAAACUGACGUUAGAAUUCUUCCGAAAACUGCUCUUUCCUCCGGCAUUACGUACCAUGGUGUUCCUGCCGAUGGCGGUCGCUCUUGGCUGUAAGCUGAUGGUCAUAACCAACGACGAACCAUACUACGCGGUGAUGAGGGGGGCGCCCGCCAUCGGGACAAUAUGGAUCUGGAGCAUUUGGGAGAUACCGUUUGGGGCAGCCGUUAUCGGGGCGUUGGGGCCAUUGGCAUGGGGGGUAUGGUGGAAAGGCUACGGGAUACUCUGAUCGAGGCGGAGCAGAGCAAACAACGCUGAGUGAGAUUAUCGAUCAACGCCCGGAUCGCGCGAUUUGCGCGUCCGUUAGGAUGGAAGGAACUGCAUCCUAGUACAACAGACAUGCUUUGGUCUGGGACUCGACCUGCGCCGGCGCCUCGGUUAUGAUGGCUCGAUAUGCACCAGCAGCACCGGUCGGGCGGCGGACUUGCACCAUGCCAGUGGCGGGCUUUUAGGAUAUCCCCUCUCUUGGAGCAGACACUAUCACGUCACUACAGACACCUAGUUACAAUGUCG